UUCAAAAAUUAUUAAUACUACGACCUAGAUCUUUUAAUCCUGAUUAAAAUAAGUACCUACAACCUUUAUUGGUUACUUUUUGUUCCUACCAAAAAUCGCAUUAAUAAUUUAUUAAAUGAUCUAUAGAUCAUUAAUCAAAAAUCGACCUGCGGCCAAUAACCUCGUGCGACACGUCAUUUUUUUCAGAAUUUUCUCGACAUUCAUAUAAUCCGACUGUCUUUCUUCUUCCUCUCCACCCAAGCUCGAUUAAUCACUUCAUUAAUCAUAAAGAAAAAAAAAUAACCGACUUUUUUAGUCAUUGACCUCGUGACCUAGAUCUUGAAAUCCCCAGCAAAACAACUACCCACAGUCUAUAAUUAAAAUUAUUUCUUAAGCAAAAAACAGACAUUAAUAUUUAUUUAAUCAAUUAAUCGAUUAAUUAAUUAAUUAAUCAAUCUACUUUGAAUAUAUGCAUGUGGGUAUUCAUUUUACGCGUCUCGGCACCAGCUGUUCAAAUUACGUAAUUAUAUUGUCAAAUUAAGUCUUUAUAAGCCCUCAGAUUUAAAAAACGCCAGUAGUGUUCAAAAUGCGUGUCCUUAUAGUCUUAAUUUUCUGCGCUAUCACUGCCGCGGUGCCUAGCUGUCCUAACAUUCGCGUGAUCGUCGAUCUGAAUUUGGCUUCUGGAACUUGGUACGAGUUCCAACGCAGUGAUAAUAAUUUAAUACUUAAUGGAACAUGUACGACCGUAAUUUUCCAUCGAAAUGACGAGUGUAUCUGCAGAAUGAGUUAUUAUGAUAUUCCAAUGUCCGAAAAAACAUUACUUGCAGAAAUUGUUCCGAGACGUAGCGAUGUUUUUUAUUAUCGGUUUCCUUUAAUUGACAUUUAUGAUCAAGAGUAUUAUAUUAUUGACACUAAUUACAUCGAAUAUACGGUUCUGAUGAGUUGUGACCAAAAUUAUGGGAUUCCAAAAUUUGUGGUGGUAACCCGAAAUCCAAAUCCAAGCUACAAAACUGUCCAAAAAAUACGUCAAGCAUUCCAUAAACGACGAAUUAACACCCCGAACUUAGUGACGAUCAACAACGAAGAUUGUGGAAAAUUUUGAAAAAAAAAAUUUUUUUGAAUUUUUGAAAAUAAUUAUAUCCGCGACCUAGGCCUUGAAAUCCCGAGUAAAAUGACCCCUCACAACCCUGGUUGGUCAUAAAUAUUAAUGCGAAAAAAUUGCGUUAAUAAUUUGUUAAAUGAUCUAUAGAUCAUUAAUUAAAAAUCGACCUACGGUCGAUUAGGUCGUGCGACGGGUCAUUUUACUCGAAAUUUUGUCACCUUUUCAAAAAUAUAAUUACUUUUUGAAAAUUUUUGUAAUUACUCAUGAAAAUCAGGGCAUUGAUCCGGUAACAACUGGAUAAAUAAUCAGAUGUUAAUAUUUGUAU